AUGGACUCAAAUAAUAAAACUCGGUUUGUUGUCACGGCGUGGCGCAAUGGCCAUGAAUUGCUUCAGCUACGCCACGACUUGUACUGCUCUGAGACGCUUAGAAGAGAAAAGGCUGUUAAUAAGGUUUUUGCGUGGCGCCUGCGUAAGCCAGAUACUCUACCUUUGCUGCUAGAGUCGACGGCAGAUAUUGUUGAUGUCAUCCUCCAAGAUGGGAGGGGCGGCCUGCAGCACAAUGCCCUGCGGCUGUUGUAUGCAACAGCACUAUCAAGAUUCGUAACCGGUCUAGCAGACACCCAGAUCGACUUGACGCGUGACCGCCCCUCGUGGUUCCCCGCUGGAAAGUCGCUCCAACUACCCCUCUCCCUGCUGGAAACACGGCACCGCAUCGUCCAUCGGCAUUUGCCAUCGCUUGCAGAGCUGAAGCGCGCUGCCGCAGACUCACUCGAGUGGCUGUGGGAGUGGUACUGGCGGCAACUGGACUAUGCCUUUGAGACUGGCGGCGCCGGCGACGGCGAAGCUGGGGAUGAGUUUGGGUCAGAAACCAGAGCAGCAAUCAAAGAGAAACUGCAAGCUGUACUGAAGUCGUACGUCAAGGAAAGAAAAAAUGAGAUUAAGCAACGACGACAAGACAACAAGGCAGCCCAAACAGCCUUGUCAACAUUCACCUUGCAUUUCUCCGCCAACAAGCCAACACAGCGUAUCCUGCUUGACCUCCUCGUAGACGAAAAAAUGAUUCUCCCCACCGACAAAAAACUAGGCUCGUCAAUGUCGGGCGCCUUUCUCAUCUGGACACCCCUUCUCACAGCCUUGUGCACUUCAUCUACCCUGCCCCUCAACGCACUCAUCACCCGCCUCCUCGACCACCUCUCCCCGUUCAAGGUAAGCAGCACCCAUUACCAUCAUACUUCUACUACGCCGGACUCGGAGAAUCCCAUCAAAGAAGCAAUCUACACCUGGCUCUCCCACAUGCUCACCUCAUCCGACUGGGCCUCCGCAAGACGCAUCGCUGCCUCGGCAGAGAAACUGCACGAAGAAGCGCUUGUGCGGAUUUUCUCCGCCCCGUGUUUCUGGGCCUGUAAACUCGCCGAGGCGUUGCUGGAUAAAGGAGAUGUAGCUAAUGCGGAGGCCUGGCGUGCGGUUUUAGAUGCUGCGAGGGGUGAGGGCGAAGGCGAAGGAGAGGAAGAGGGGGGUGAGAUGGAUGUUGAUGUCGAGGACGAGGUCGAGGUCGAGAGUAUAGCGGCGGCGUUGCCUGUUCGACGGGUUGGAGGCGAUAUGCAGAAGAAGAUUCAGGGCCCGGUUAAGGUGUUGGGGAUGUGGAAGGCGAGGCCCAUUGGGUGGCUAGCUGAGGAGUGGGAGGAUGAUGAGUGA